AUGAUAACAUAUGCUGCUUGUUUUUUCUUGGUGGGGUUUGUUUUAAGCAUGGUUGCGGUUGCUUGUAACCCUUCCCCUUUUUAUGGGUCUUUUGGGCUGGUAGCAGUUGCGGGGUUUGGCUGUGCAGUCGUAGUUGGUCUUGGGGGAACUUUUUUAGCUCUUAUUUUAGUUAUAAUUUAUGUAGGGGCUAUGUUGGUUGUGUUUGUCUACUCGGCAGCUCUUGCUGCCGAUCGUUAUCCUGAGAGUUGAGGGAGCGGAGGCGUGGCAGGGCAGGCAGGGGGGUAUCUUCUGGGGUUAAUAGCGGCGUUCAGCUUUUUUUGAAAAGAAGAAUAUGGGGUUUUAUGGGGGCCUGUUGGAAGUGUUGAAGAGUGGGCCUCGCAGCGGGGAGAUAUUAGUGGGGUUUCGUGAAUAUAUUCAUCGGGGGGCGCGCUGUUAGUAAUUAGUGCAGGGGCAUUGCUUUUAACCCUAUUUGUUGUGUUUGAGGUUACACGUGCGUUGCACCGGGGGGCAUUUCGAUAA